GCAGAAGCAGCGACGCCUCCUCAGUGGAACUGACUUGCAAUAGCGAGCUUUCUCUGCUGCACAUUUGUGGCUUCUGUGGACAUAUUAGUAACCAGCGGUUUUAGCUCCCAGUCUCAGAGUUGCCAGAGCGGUUAGAAGUCAUUUGAAAAGCCUAUUAGCCGAAUCUUUCUGAUCCAGAAGGCCAGCUGGCUUCUCCUGAGCUACUUUCAAUUCGCAGCAACCACUGAUCCUGGUCCAGGUGACUGGGGAAGACGCUGAGGGUAUAAACCCAAACAUUGAACCUGAAGACCCAGCGCAAAGUAGAAACUGAAAGUACCCUGCUAACUCUGCCGGCAGAUCCUACGGAAGUUAUGGCAAAGCCAGAGCGCCUGGGUGGCCGGUGAUGCAUGCGGCCCCUCUUGGGAUGGAUGGACCAGGCGUGGCGUGGGUGAGAGGAGUCAGCUGCCUGAACUGCCCUGCCCAGCACCGGUUUGCGGCCGCCCGGUGGAUGACCGGGGUCCUGGGAGUGAUUAUGGGUGGUGAGAGCCGGCUCCUGCUGCAGUCCUAGUCAUCAUGACUACACCCACCUCUCGCAGACCAUGUUCCAUGUUUCUUUUAGAUAUAUCUUUGGAAUUCCUCCACUGAUCCUUGUUCUGCUGCCUGUCACAUCAUCUGAGUGCCACAUUAAAGACAAAGAAGGUAAAGCAUAUGAGAGUGUACUGAUGAUCAGCAUCGAUGAAUUGGACAAAAUGACAGGAACUGAUAGUAAUUGUCCGAAUAAUGAACCAAACUUUUUUAGAAAACAUCUAUGUGAUGAUACAAAGGAAGCUGCUUUUCUAAAUCGUGCUGCUCGCAAGUUGAAGCAAUUUCUUAAAAUGAAUAUCAGUGAAGAAUUCAAUGUCCACUUACUAACAGUAUCACAAGGCACACAAACACUGGUGAACUGCACAAGUAAGGAAGAAAAAAACGUAAAGGAACAGAAAAAGAAUGAUGCAUGUUUCCUAAAGAGACUACUGAGAGAGAUAAAAACUUGUUGGAAUAAAAUUUUGAAGGGCAGUAUAUAAACAGGACAUGUAGUAACAACCUCCGAGAAUCUACUGGCUCAUAUACUUGGAGAGGGUAAAACCCUUCCCCAAGUUCCUGGAUGCCUCCUACUCAAAUAAACCAAGCAGUUGGGAAGUCUACAGUGAGGUAUGAGAUGAUGGACACGGAAAUGCAGCUGACUGCUGCCGUCAGCGUAUACAUAUAGAGAUAUAUCAACUAUACAGAUUUUUGUAAAGCAAUCAUGUCAACUGUAAUGCUUUUAAAACCGUUCCAAAUGUUUCUAGCACUAUAAAGUCUACAAAAAGUAAGGCUAUGAAGAUUCAGAGUCACCACUGUUUUCUUUUUAGCAAAAUGAUGGUAUGGUUAACCAUGCAUUGGUGAACCACUGGGGGAGUGGAAUUGUCCUGUUUUAGACUGGAGAUACUGGAGGGCUCACGGUGAUGGAUAAUGCUCUUGAAAACAAGAGUCUAUCUUAAAGCAGCCGCAGCAGCAGCAAAAAGAAGCUUAAGGCACUUAAGGCAUCAACAAAUGUAGUUAAAUAUGAAUGUAUAACACAUAACUUCAGUAAAGAGCAUAGCAGAUAUUUUUAAAUAAAAGUAUUUUUAAAGAUAGAAAUGCACUUAUUCUAAAGAUACUGAACCUUAGUAUUCAGUCACUUUUGACACUUGUGUAUAAUAAAGCUUAUAUAACUGAAUUUUCAAUUUGAAAAGUAUAUUUUUAAAAGAAUAAUAUAUGAUAGACUUUUAAUUAAUGUAUAUAUUUAAUUUUGGCAUUCUGUCUGUCUCUGUCUCUCUGUCUCUCUGUCUCUCUCUCUAUAUAUAUAUAUAUCUUUCAUAUACUACCAAUUGCCUACUUUGGAUAGUGUAUCUUUUUAACAUAAAUGACCUGUAAUAACACUGUCAGGUUCCCUAAUCUCGAGACUGUUCAUUGCUGCACUGUCAUUUGAUCCCAUUUUCAUUGAACACGUAUCCUUUAACACACUCACAUCAAGAUUUAGCAGGAGACUAGGACCCUAUAACUUUGUUAAGAGAGGAAACACUAAUUUCUUGUUUUAUAGUAGGGUCUUAUUUGUAUCUAAGGCAGGCUGGGAUUGCAGACAUGAGCCAAUAUGCUUAAUUAGAAACAUUCUUUUUAUGUUAAAUUCAUGUCUUUCACAAGAUGCCUACAUAUAUCCUAUGUAUAUGCCUGUUUAAAUCCUUUUAAAGUCUGCUGUCUUUCUUCAGUUGUAAUGGAAAGAAACACUAUGUUGUAGAGGCCAAAUUUCUGAAAGAGAUGAGGGUUUGCUUGUACUGAGUUCCCACUCUCCUUGCUUUUUCCAGCCACUUGAGCAUCUAGCUAUCUAUACGCUGGAUGUAUUUGACCGGCGCCUGCUCCACUGGCACAUUCCAUGUGUGGUAACCAUGCCUUCUUGCUUCUCCUUUUUCCCAACCCAUAUAAUGCUCUACUCAAUGGUACAGAUAGCUGGGAUUAACACAAUUUUGAGAGAAACACCCAUUGGUUUGUUUAAAAUUUGUUUCAUAAUCACCAUUUGCCCAGAAAACAGUUCUCUCAACUUGUUUGCAACAUGUAAUAAUUUAAGAAACUCAAUUUUGUUAAUGGACUUUCAGUAACUUGCUUAGAUAUCCCAGAUCUCCUAAGUGUCAGUCCUUUGUCCUGAGGAACUGGUAAAAUGGGUAAGCCCUUAGCUAGCAAACUGAAGGCAUUUGCAUGUGUAAGAUAAACUCUAUACCUGCAAGGCUGUCUGGAUGGCUCCCUACCGAUAUUGAACAAUAUUCUGAUUGUGGCAAAAUAAAGGAUAAUAUUUUAAAAUGCUUAUUAAAAGUUUUAAAAAUUUCUUCAUUGGUUCUUCUCAUUGACUCAUGAAGGACUAACUGCAGGUGGUUUUUGUUCCAACAGUUCAUUCAUCAUGUGUGCUAAGUGGAUCAGAAGUUAUCCACACUUUUAUGUUCUGUUACCCUUAUUGUUUCCUAGCAACUGGCAAAAAGGACAGAAGCAAAGGAAUCUUUAUCCUGAUAAUUUUCUUGUAGGAGAACAUGGUAAACCUGAACCUGAGGUUGUUUGUUUUUUUUUUCUCUCAGGCCAUGCUUCCACUUACAGGUAGUUGCAAGAGAUUCCAUCAGUCCUACCUCAAAGAUUUCAUGGAAACACAUGCCUCUCUUUAAAUUCUGUGGUAUUUAUCAUGCUUUGUACUAAUGGAACCUUUGUGUGUCUAUUAAGUUCUUACUUAGAAGUAUCCUUCAAAUUCUACUGAGAUGCUGCUUAAAUUUUAAGCACCUUUAUCUGUAGGGGGUGGUUCUGAUGCUCUGAUCGGAAAUAUGCAUGUGAAUGCUAAGAUAACAGGAUUUGAUCCACUUUUCUGUUCUUCAAAAUCUCCAUGGUAUUUUGAGUUACAAAUAUUACUUUCUGUAAGCGAUUUUAGCCUGGAUUUUUCACCCAAAAAUAGAAUCUAUAAAACUAUUGUAGCACAAGACAAUGAAAAAGAGAGGUGUGCUGUUGCACCAAUCAAUACCUAAAUAGAAAAGAAGUGGGGAGCACUGAUGUACAUUUGCAGGAGGUUGAGUAGGGAGAAUUCCUUGAGUCCUGGAUUUUGAAGCUAUCCUGGGCAUUAUAGUAGAUUUAGCUAUUUGUAGUUUAUACUAUUAUUGCGUACUGACUCUCCUGCUGAGGCUCAUUGUGAAUCACUUCAAUGUGAUCUUGCAAUAAGUGAAUGUGAAAUAAAGUUGGGCAUUGGUAAGCUGAAGGAGUGGAGAAGUAUAAAUAUUAGUAAAGAACAGACAUUUGAAUUAAGAGAAUCACUUCAUUUCUAACCCAUAUGGAAUUUGUUGCUAACUCCUUUUCUCAAGAUAACAUAGUUUGGAGAGAUAUCUGUUCUUUACUCGUGAAAGUCCCUUUAAAAUUAUCAUAUAAUUUCAGUUAAUAAACUUUGCCUCCACAGCAAGACAGAACAUCUGAGAAAGAGCAAUAGUGUUUCAAUGUAAAUUCUUUUUUUAAAAUUUUUAUUAAUGAUUCCAUUCAUUUACAUCUCAAAUGCUAUUCCACUUCCCAGUUACACCUUCCACCAAGCCCCCAUCCCAUGAUAUCCCACUUCCCGUUUACCCCUCUGCCCUUCCCUCCCCAUCCCACAUCUGUCCUCCCCACUCCCUUUUGCACUGUUCCAGCAUCCCUGCAUUCUGGGGCAUCAAACCUCCCUGGAACCAAGGACCUCCCCACUUAUUACUGUAGAGAAAGUCCAUCCUCUGCUACAUAUGUAUUGGUUCUCAAAGGAUGAGAAGUUAUGGACCAUGGGAAGUGUAGUAUGAUGAAGAAAUGAAACCACUUCAUACCUUAAGUUUUACAGCAUAAUACUUGUUUAAAAGCUGAGCACUAUGAAUAUAGUAAUACACUUAGCCACUUUCAGGAAUGAGACAACUGCUUCGUACUUUUCAUCAACUAGAUAUCAAAGAAUAUACACUUAGAAUACAUGCCUAGUCAAAUGUCAUUUUCUUACCCCCAUCUUAGUCUGAGUAAGUCCAAGUCCUAGUCUGGCUUUUCCUUAUAUUUGGUCUUUAGACAGUCUUAUAAAUUCCAGGCUUGCCUCAAACCCCUAUACAGUCAAGGAAGACUUGUUUUCCUGAUGCUACUGGCUUUAGCUCCCAAAUGCUAGGAUUACAGGAAUGUGGUACCAAAGGUCAAUUCAGGCUGUGCUGGGACUGGAUCCAAAGUUUUGUGUGUGCUCUAUGUCAACUAUGUUCACCCUAUGUCAACUCUGUCAACUAUGCUCACCCACUUCUGAAAGUACCGAUUUCCCACAUGCUUCAAGCAUAUUGAAUAUUCUUUGAUAGAAUCAACUAGAAGCUAAGGUAAAUAAACAGCUGC